AUGAAUAUUAAUCAGUUACCAUAAGAUUGUUAACAAAGAUUAGUUGAUUUAGAAGCACGUAUAUUUAAGAAACCAAAAAUUGAAAUUCUUGAAUAAUUCUAAAAAGAAAGUAUUCCAUCAUUUCAAAGUAAGAAUUUCAUACUUAAUUUUAAGUUAAAUCUACUAGAAAGUCUGUUUAUGAUUAAACACUCCUUAAAUAAUUACAAAUUACUUAGUUUACCAAAAAUGUAUAAAAUAAUUAGCAUUAUAAUAAAUAUAAUAAAGAAACCUUAAUUGAAGAAAAUAAUGAAACACAUAUAAUUGAUGAAUUGAAAAGAAGUUUAAAUGAAUUAGCUAUCAAAGAUUAACAUGUUAAACAAUUAUAAGAACAAAUAUCUGACUUAACACAAUAAAUUCAAGUAUAUCAUAAUUCAUAAAAAUUUAGAAUUUUAAAACAUCCUCAUUUAAAUAUGAUAAUACUAUUAAAACAUUUGCAAUUGAAUUAGAUUAACAUUAGAGGAUAAAAAGGAAUUAAUAAAUUGAAAAGAAUUCCAAAAAAUUUGGAUAAUUUUAAUAUACAAGAGAAAAAACAAAAAUUAUUUAAGUGUGGGUGGAUAGUAAAGAAAUAUUAGAACUCAAAGGAAAAUUGAAAAAUUUAAGAUAAUAAUUAGAUUAAUAUGAUAAUUAAACCAAUAAUUUAUUAUCAAGAGAAUCAUUAAAUUAUUUGAUACUUAAAAGAGAAGAAGAAUACUUAGAAAAAUAACUAAAUAUUUUAGAAAAUGAAAAAUAGUUAUUUAUUAGAGAUUUGAAAUUAGAAUAUGAUGAAUAACAUGCUAAAUUUAAACGUACUGAUUAAUAUCCAGUUAUAGGAGAGAGAUAUAUAUUAUUAUCACUCUUGGGUAAGGGAGGUUUUAGUGAAGUAUAUAAAGUAUGUUAUAUAUAUAUAAUAUAAGGGUUAUGAUUUAAAAGAGAUGAAACAUGUAGCAUGUAAAAUUCAUUAAUUAAAUUCUAAUUGGACUAUUAAUUCAAAAUCAUAUUAUGUUAAAUUAGUAACAAAAGAAUAUAGAGUACAUAAAUAACUAUAACAUCCAAAUAUUUUAUAAUUACUUGAUUCUGUUGAGAUUGAUUCUAAUACAUUUUGUACAAUUCUAGAAUACUGUAAUGGUUAGGAUUUAUCUUAUUACAUGAAAAAAUAUGGUAUUAUUGAGGAGAAAGAAGCAAAAUUAAUAAUUUAAUAGUUGCUUGAAUCAGUAAAGUAUAUACAUCUAAAUAAAAUUAUCCAUUAUGAUAUUAAACCUUAAAAUAUCUUAUUUAAUUAAAAUUUUGUGAAACUUUGUGAUUUUGGAGUAUGUAAAGAAUUAGACAAUGAAAUAUCUCAAAUUGAAUAUACAACAUAAGGUGUUGGAACAUUUUGGUAUUUACCUCCUGAAUGUUUUCUUUAAGGCAAUAAUCCAUAAUUAAUUUCAAAUAAAGUUGAUAUUUGGUCAAUUGGAGUUAUCUUUUUUGAAAUGCUAUAUGGAUUGAAGCCAUUUGGGAAUGGUGAAAGUUAAGAAACAAUAUUGAAACAAAGAGUAAAUAUAAUUGUAAUAGUAGAUAAUUGAGACUUCUGAAAAAGUAACAUUUCCAGAUAAACCAAAUUUAUCAUAGGAAUGCAAGGAAUUCAUUGAGGGAUGCUUAAAUCAUAAGGAGUAGGAUAGAUUUGAUAUUCAUUAAGCUUGCAAUCACCCUUAUAUGAGAAAAUGA